AUGGCCACUUAGAGUUCUCGAUUUAUUGAAAAACCAUGAGGCGAGUACAGAUGAAGAAUACGAAGAUUUAGGUAAUUUAAGCAAGGAUUUAGGUAAUUUAGGCAAUUUGUUGAAUAUAUGUUUACCAAGUCAAGAAAUGGAAAAAAUAGUCAAAUUAGUAAUUUAG